AAAAAAAAAAAAAAAAACACCCGAGACAGCUGGGAACCCACGAAGCUGGGAGAUCCCGAAAGGAAAAAGAGGGAGGACAGCUUGUUAUAUAUCGUCACAAAAGGCCAAUAGAGCUUCGCUCGCUUGCUUCACUCGCUUCACCGGCCCUUCGUGUUCUUCCCCACACCCUUGGACAUACCCGGGGGCUUGACCAGGGGAUAGUUGAUGGAGAGAGGUCAAGAGAGGUCAAGACAGGUCGAGAGAGGUCAGAUCCGUAGCUGAUGCGCCCACCCCACUCUUUUUCGUUCUAAGUGUAGGGUUGCUACUCCGUUCUCUCUCCCAUGUUACCUACCCCAUUCCCCAGUCCGGGGUCCCCCCUCUUUUCUUGGGUGCUGGUCUCUUGUGGUCUCCUACCUCGAGUCUCUUGCGGUCACUGUGGUGUUACCUAUCUGCGGUCUGUCUGGGCUGGUGGUGCCUUUGUUUCUUCUUCCCCAAUCGCGCCAGUCAACGUCCGAGGUCGGUGGUCGGCAGUGGAGAAGAGACGGGAGAAUUAAAUCUGCCGAUUGGGUGGCUUUUCUCGCUUUUUGCUGGCGGGGGAGCUUUCUCGGUGGCUUUCGUCCUCUGGGCGCCGCUCCCGCUUUGGUGGCUUUGGGGAGGCAACGCAAGAACAGCCGAUUGCAACCAACCAAGCUUUGUGUUCGGCAAUGAGACCCGGAGAAUCUCCAGAAGCGGUCCACGGGGCAACGCGGAGACGGGCAGGGUAAUGUUCCUCGAUGCGCUCCAAUGAGAGUCAAGCCCGCUCGGUCGUUUGCAUCGGGGCACGAUGGGGAGAACGACAGGGGGCGGCUUUUGGGGCGUUUCUGUUGGUCCUUAGCUUAGGUAGUCUGCCGGAUAAGUAACGUCAUUUGUACGGGCCGUUCGAAGAUUCGAUGAGGACGG